AUGAGAGUACAGCUCCUCUCUUUGUUGAACUUAUUCCUCUUUAUUGGGAGUCUUCUCGCCAUUCUCAUCUGCUACAAAUUUGAUUACAGGAGAAUCCUUUCUCUGAUAAAACGUUGGACACCUGUUCAGUUGUUGGGAAUGGUGGGAUCCUGGGGAACAGUGGCUGUGGGAAAAUGAUCGAUUCAGCAGACUUUGUUAUCAGGUGUAACCUAGCUCCUUUAGAAACGGAAUUUGAGAAGGACGUUGGCUCGAAGACUGACCUUGUGACAGCAAACCCAAGUAUCCUCAAUAUCAAGUACCAAGCUUUGAUGGGUCUUCGCCGUCCAUUUGUGGACAGCCUACGAAAGUACGGCAGCUCUCUGCUCCUCCUUCCUGCCUUCUCUGCUAGUAUAAAUACUGCUGUGUGUCUGCGGGCUGUGCACACCAUAGAGGACUUUAAAAGCCCUAUUCAACCUGUUUUCCUCAACCCUCAGUACCUUGAGAGUCUGGCCCAAUUCUGGCGCUCUGAAGGCCUGAAAGAAAGGCGGCUCAGCACUGGAUUAAUUAUGGUUACUUUGGCACUGGAAUUAUGUAAAAAUGUGCACCUGUAUGGAUUCUGGCCCUUUGGUAAUCACCCAUAUGGCCUCUAUACCCUGACUAACCACUACUAUGAUGACAGACCAGUUAAUAAGUAUGUCCAUAAAAUGCCAGCUGAGUUUGACCAGUUGUUGCAGAUGCACAGUCAAGGUGUGCUCAGGCUUCACUUGGGUGACUGUAAAACAGGUGACAACUAGUUCUCGGGGACAGAUGAGAAAACAGAAGCAAUACCAUUUCUGUGGCCUUGUCCAAAUGUCUCCACUUGAGACUUGGCACAGUCGGUCAGACAAGUACUGUUUUCCUGGGAGGGGCAGUGGCCUGAAUUUAAUUAUUUACGUGGGUGAGGGAAUACUUUUGGUAAUAUAAUGUAUAAGUAACAAAACUUGGUCAUUCUUGGUGUGUUAAUUCAAAAAAAAAAUUAAUGUUAUUGAAUGUGUUUGUGAUAUUUUUUUUUUUUUAAUGAAAAGCACAAUAUGGGAGGGAAAAUUACAUUCAGGUUAAUAAAUAUCCGGAAAAGCAUGUAACAAGGCUGUGGUGGGAUUCUCUUGUCUAAACUGGAAGCAAAAGUAUUAUGAUUUGAUGAUUUAGAGUCGUGAAGCCAUUAACAGACUGAAAACUUGCUGAGAUUUGAGAUUAGAAUGUAAUUUAAUUUAAUUUUUUAAAAACUUAAUUAUCCUAACAUGUCUGUCAUUGACCUGUGGGUCUGACCUUUGCGAGUCUGACCUGGGUGAGAGACCACACAGGCAGAGCAAGAACAGGUAAACUUCACACGAAAAGGCCCCAAUUAACCAGUGAACUCAAAAACAGCACCUUCUUGUUGUGAGGUGAGUGUUUGCUGCAGCAAUGUGCCGUUACAUUUUAACCUCAUACCAGUAAUCUGUAAUUUCCAGUCAUCAUGAUGUCACAGUGGUUAGCACUGUUGCCUCACAGCAAGAAGGCUGCAGGAGGGCAGGAGCUUAUCACAGCUACAUAUGAGGCGGGGCACGGGCAGGUUGCCAGUGUGACACAGGGCUAACACAGAGAGACAGACAACAAUUCACACAUAUGGGCAAUUUGGAAUCACAACCCAACCAUACUCCACUAAUUAUAAUUCUUUGAACUCCAGGAGGAAGCCAGAGUAAGUGGAGACAACCCAUGCAAACAUGUGGAUAACAUGCAAACUCCACACAGAAAGGCCACUGCAACCUUCCUGAUAAGGAUAAGUGGAAGAUAAUGGAUGGAUGAACUUUAAACAGUCAGAGGAUAACUUGCACAUACCUUUGUCUUAUUAAUGAGUAAUAAGAAAUAUUCAAAAGAAAAAAACACAGGUCUUUCAAAAUGAACUGCUCAUUGGUUUCCAUUUUUGGAACCGUUUUAAACUUUUAAAGUUGACAAAAAUGAAAAACAAAACAAAAAACCCUUUGAUUGUUUAUAUGUUUGUAUUGCAGGUCUGUUUUUAUUUGCAAAUGUCUUUUUAC